GUAGCAUCGCUCGCCGGCACGUGGGCAAUCGUGCGAAAAGCGUUCCUCGACGGAGAAUCAUGAGAAGGGUGUGAUAAUAAUGUAAGAUGAUACAAGCUAUGUAUGAGGCAAGAGCGGGGCGUCUGAUAGGUUGGUUUUGGAAGGUUGUACUUGCUACAUCACGGCGGGCGCGCAGCUGCUCAGCACACGGAUAGAGGCUUCCAGGCAUAGCGACGGCGCAUCACCUUCUCAUCUCCACUGCAUGGCAUUGUCUAGGCCUUCAAUGUCUAUUUGAGGCUCGCGGUAGCAUUCUCAAGCGACAAAAGAGCAUUAUUUGUACAUUACAAACGCAGCAUUUUGCCUACAGCACUUAGCCCAUUUCAACGACAUUCGACAACAUCGCUUCAUCCGCGCCUCUCUCAGACCAUGGAGCCGCUGCAGGUUGUGUUCAUCGCAAUGAGUCGCCUCAGCCCUACAGACUUCGCAGAUGCUUUUCUAUCACGCCAGUCGUCACGAGCUGCUCACGACAAUGAUAUUCGCAUCUUUACACCACCGCUGCGUCCCACGAGCACCUGGACUCAUCCAGCAGCGCCUGAUCACUCGUCCGCAUGGAGCGAUUUCGGAAAAGAGUCUGAGCCCUAGAAAGGUGCAGCAUUCAUCGGCCAAACGGCGUGUUGCAUCAUGAAAACUCCCACGAAUCAGCUUUGGUAUCCGACUGGCACAAUUGACUACACCGACGAGAAAGUGUUGCCAGAGCCCUUGAGCUAUCAUGAAAUCGAGCAGCUAGUCCUUGAGGCU